AUGGAAGUGGAGAACCACACAGUUCUAUCACAGUUCCUCCUCCUGGGACUGUCAGAGGAUCCAGACCUGCAGCCCAUCCUGUUUGGCCUCUUCCUGUGCAUGUACCUGGUCACGGUGCUUGGGAACCUGCUCAUCAUCCUGGCCAUCUUCUCUGACUCCCACCUCCACACCCCCAUGUACUUCUUCCUCUCCAACCUGUCCUUUGUGGACAUCUGUUUCACCUCCACCACGGUCCCCAAGAUGCUGGUGAACAUCCAGGCACAGAGGAAAGACAUCUCUUACACAGAGUGCCUCACUCAGGUGUAUUUUUUUAUGUUUUUUGCUGGAAUGGAUAAUUUCCUACUGACUGUGAUGGCCUAUGACCGCUUUGUGGCCAUCUGCCACCCCCUGAACUACACGGUCAUCAUGAACCCUCACUUCUGUGUCUUCCUGGUGCUGCUGUGUUGGCUCACCAUCUUCUGCAGUUCCCUGCUUCACAUUCUACUGAUGAAGAGGCUGAGCUUCUCUGUAGGCACUGAAAUCCCACAUUUCUUCUGUGAAUUGGCACAGGUUCUCAAGGUGGCCAGCUCUGACACCCUCAUCAAUAACAUCGUCUUGCUUGUAGCAACAGCACUCCUCUGCGUGGUUCCCGUCACUGGGAUCCUCUUCUCCUACUCUCAGAUCGUCUCCUCCUUACUGAAGAUGUCCUCCUCUGUGGGCAAGUCUAAGGCAUUCUCCACCUGUGGGUCCCACCUCUGUGUGGUCACCUUGUUCUAUGGAACGGCACUUGGGGUUUACCUCAGUUCUGCUGUGACCCAUUCUUCCAAGAGCACAGUCAUUUCAGUGAUGUACACUGUGGUCACCCCCAUGCUGAACCCCUUCAUCUACAGCCUGAGGAACAAGGAUGUGAAGGGGGCCCUGGGGAGACUCCUCAGCAGAGCAGCCUCUGGUCCUUGAGGGACAUUGAUCUCAGAACUAGGUGGAUGCUUGGGUCUCUGAGGCAAAGACUGUGAGUUUACAUAGCAUGACUCCUUUCUCCCCUGAAAAACACGCUUCUUCCUAUUUCCAUUCCAGAAACACCUUUGACUUUGCUUGUAUAAAAGUUUGAAUGGGUUUCUCCUCAACCACUUCAUCAGUGCAUCCUUUGUAAGUUUUCUCCCCCCAGAUGUCUUUAAUCUAUGGGGUCCUUAAUCUAAGGAUGCCUUCUACUUGGGUCAGUUUUUGUCCUGAGCAUUCUAAUCUGAUAUUUAAAGCCCUUAUCAUGGCACAUGCUGACACUCAUUGCCCCCACAUUUUCCUUUUGAAUGUGAAGCUUCUUCACCUUAAAGUGCUUAACCUCUUCUUCCUGAAGGAACUGGUAUGAAGUCAUACACGUCAAAGGAAAACGAUUAUCA